AUGUCCGAGCCACAAGAAGCCGACAUCGACUCCAUCGUCGACAGAUUGUUAGAAGUCAGAGGCUCCAGACCUGGCAAGCAGGUCACGUUGCAGGAAUAUGAAAUCAGAUACUUAUGCACAAAGGCAAGAGAAAUAUUCAUUCAGCAACCGAUCUUGUUGGAACUAGAAGCUCCUAUCAAGAUCUGUGGUGACAUCCACGGCCAAUACUACGAUUUGUUGCGACUUUUCGAAUACGGUGGCUUCCCCCCAGAGGCCAACUACUUGUUCCUUGGUGACUACGUCGACAGAGGUAAGCAAUCCUUGGAAACCAUCUGUUUGUUGUUGGCCUACAAGAUCAAAUACCCAGAGAACUUCUUCAUCUUGAGAGGAAACCACGAGUGUGCCUCCAUCAACAGAAUCUACGGGUUCUACGACGAGUGUAAAAGAAGGUACAACAUCAAGUUAUGGAAGACCUUCACUGACUGUUUCAACUGCUUGCCGAUUGCUGCCAUCAUUGACGAAAAGAUCUUCACCAUGCACGGUGGUCUCUCCCCAGACUUGAACUCCAUGGAACAGAUCAGAAGGGUCAUGAGACCGACCGACAUCCCAGACGUUGGCUUGUUGUGUGACUUGUUGUGGUCCGAUCCUGAUAAGGAUAUCACUGGCUGGUCCGAGAACGACAGAGGUGUUUCCUUCACAUUCGGCCCAGAUGUCGUGUCCCGAUUCUUGCAAAAGCACGAUAUGGACUUGAUCUGUAGAGCCCACCAAGUUGUUGAAGAUGGUUACGAAUUUUUCUCCAAGAGACAGUUGGUCACUUUGUUCUCUGCCCCAAACUACUGCGGUGAGUUUGACAACGCCGGCGCUAUGAUGUCCGUUGACGAAAGCUUGUUGUGCUCCUUCCAAAUUUUGAAGCCAGCUGAGAAGAAGCCAAAGUAUAACUACGGUAACAUGGGUAGCAGCAGACCGGUCACCCCUCCAAGACAGCAAGCCAAGAAGAAGACUGGCGCCAAAUAA